AUGUCCAUAGCAGCAACAAUGUUAAGGAUAUUUAAAGACCCACGUCCAAUUGUCAUUAAAAAAUCUUUUGAAAGAUCUUGUAAUUUGGUUAUUAGUCAUUAUACAAGCAGAAGAACGUUGAGUAAUUCAAGAAUGCCUUCAUCCUCAUCUUUAGAGUUCAACAGCUUGUCUAACUGGGACAAAGAAAACACUAAAAGUUUAAACCAUCAACUUGCUUCAACAGUAUUAAAAAAUUUUAAUGCUGAUGAUGCUUUAUUAGAUAAAACAAGAUUACUAAGUCAAGAUAUCCGUAUCUUUAACACUGCUAUUGAAACUGAUGGUACCCCUGUUACAAACCAAAGAGCUUCUGGUAGAUGUUGGUUAUUUGCUGCUACCAAUGAAUUAAGAUUAAAUGUAGUCAAAGAACUAAAUUUAAAAGAAUUUGAAUUAUCUCAAUCUUAUCUAUUCUUUUAUGAUAAAUUAGAAAAGGCAAAUUAUUAUUUGGAUCAAAUUAUUGAUACUUACAAGGAAGAUGUCGAUUCUCGUUUGGUUCAAUAUUUAUUAACUGCUCCAACUCAAGAUGGUGGUCAAUAUAGCAUGUUUUUAAAUUUAGUUAAAAAAUACGGCCUGAUUCCAAAAGAUGUUUACAACGAUUUGGCUUAUUCCACAACUGCUUCAAGAAAGUUGAAUGCUUUAUUAACUACCAAAUUAAGAGAAUUUGCUGAAAAUUUAAGAGAUGAAUUGAAAAAGGGUAAUGAUAUUUCAAGUUUAAGAGAAUCUUACCAAAAGGAAAUUUUUAAGAUUAUGACUUUAUUCCUAGAUUUCCCACCUGUUAAUCCAAAUGAAAAGUUCAGUUGGACUUACUUGGACAAGGACAAAAAAGCUCAUACUUUAGAAGUCACACCAUUGGAAUUUGCCAAAAGUUAUUGUAAAAUGGACUGUUCAAAACCUGUCUCCUUAAUUAACGAUCCAAGACAUCCAUACGGUAACUUAAUCAAGAUCGAUCGUUUGGGUAACGUUUUGGGUGGAGACGAUGUUUAUUAUUUAAAUGUUGACAACGAUACCUUAUCAAAAUUGGUUGUUCAAAGUUUAAAACAAAACAAACCAGUAUUUUUUGGUUCCCAUACUCCUAAAUACAUGGAAAAGAAAUUUGGUAUUAUGGAUGUUGAUUUAUGGAAUUACAAAUCCAUUGGUUAUGAAUUAAACCAAAGCAAAGCUUCCCGUAUUAGAUACAAUGAAAGUUUAAUGACUCAUGCGAUGUUAAUAACUGGCGCUCAUGUCGAUGAAACUACUAAUAAACCAGUUCGUUAUCGUGUUGAAAACUCCUGGGGUAAAGAUUCCGGUAAAGAUGGUUUAUAUGUAAUGACCCAAAAGUACUUCGAAGAAUAUUCAUUCCAAAUUGUUGUUGAUAUUGAUAGUUUGCCAAAGGAUUUAUCUGACAAAUUCAUCAAUAAAGAAGAACCUAUAGUUUUACCAAUUUGGGAUCCAAUGGGCGCAUUGGCCGAAUGA